AUGAUUUCCAGGACACCCCCGAACAGCCCUAUUGCUAACCCCUGGCCCGUACCCUCCACCGACUGUCCCGCGGAAAACCUUCCAGCUUUGCCGGCUUUGGACCAAGGACAAUCUCCACUCUGUAGCCUGCCCGCGGAGGUUCGUAGGAUGAUAUGGCGUGUCUUGUUGGUCAAAACUAAAAUCUACGUGUCUUUCACAAACUGUCGGCUCCUCCUCGCUCAACGCGGUGCAAAGAGGAAGCUGAGGACCUCAAUCAAAGUGUCGGGUUUCGAUGAGAAGCACGUCGAGUACUACGGAGUCCUGGGUGACGAUCAGGACUUCGGCGAGGAGGCAGACAUAGGCACGUAUUUUAGUCCUCGCCGAUGCCACGACGACUGGGCCGAUUACGCUAUGCGGUCCACGGCCCUGCAAAAGCCCAAGAAGUUCCGAGACUCGUACCACCCACGACCGAACCUCGAUAUCUUCCGUACCUGCCGCCUGAUCCGCGACGAGACUGAAGCUGUCUUCUACUCGGAAAAUUGUUUCGUCUUCUGCACGUGCAACCAGAACCACGAUUAUAACGCCGCGCGAGACAUCAGUGCGGCACAUGCGGCGUGGUCUUUCUUCAAGGAUCGUUCACCCCAGAUACUUAAAGAGAUCAAGCACAUUGAGCUCCACGUCCUGCACUAG